AUGACUCAUUCAUGUGUGAUGCAUGUGGUACAGAGGGAAAUUAUAUUUCCUGUAUCUGUUCUUCCUAGUAACAUUAUGAUCCAUGAAAAAUGCAUUUCAUUGCCACGCAUCAUCAAAAUCACACGUCAUCACCAUUAUAUGAUUCACAAUUAUUUCUUUCAAGGAAAAGAACAUAAAAAACAUGAUUGUGGAGUUUAUCUUUGUGAAGUGAAAGCAAAGUACGGGAGGUACAAUUGUUUGAAGCAAGAUUGCGAUUUUGUUGCCCAUGUGAAUUGUGCAAUGGAGAUGUAUGUUAAAAUUGAUCAAGUAAAUGAUCAAGAUGAGGGGUCUAUUCAAACUUUAGCUACAAAUUCUUCAAUCACUUGUGUUAUUGAAAGGAACGAACAUGGAGAAGCCAUGAAGGUGAAACAUUUCAACCAUGAACAUGACUUAACAUUAGGCAAAAUGAUCAAGGAAGACGAUGUUAAAGGUUGUGAUGGGUGCAUGCUAUCCAUCUCAACUUGUGUUGAAUUACCAAGAAAAACGCGUCUUUGGUUUCAUCAAUCUCUCACCACCCUCAUCAAUUCAUCGGACAUUUUCAAAUGUUACCAGUGUAAACGCCUCUGCAGUGGUUCGCUUACAAAAGGUAAAUGCAAUGCUUGUGGUGCCAGACUUGAAGAUGGUGCAUACAAAUGUAAAGAUAAAGAUUGCACUUUCGCUUUGCAUUUUGCACGCCUGACACUACCACGAGUAACUUGGCAUACAUGUGAUAAACACAUGUUGAAUCUUAAGUUUCAUGACGAGAAUCAUGAUCCAGAACAAUAUGACUGCGAUAUAUGUGAAGUAAAAAGGGAUCCAAACCAUUGGUUUUAUCAUUGUGUAAUUUGUGAUAAUUCUGCUCAUCCAAAUGUGCUCUUAGAAAAUAUCCAUUUAUUAGGAUGA